GCGGCGGCGCGAAAGACGCUAUUCCUGGGAGGGACUGCUGCGCUCCAGAGCGAAGAACACGCAGCGGCUCUGAGGAGUUAGCAAGAACCGGCCGAGAGAGUCCUGUGAUAGGUCUGAGGUGUCCCCAUCCUGCCUGCGCCCGCGGCCCCGGGCUCUGCGACACUUUGGACCCCACGCGCGGCAGCCACGAUGCUUGGCCGACUCUGGGCGCUGGCGCUGCUGCUCCUGGCCCCGGGGCAAGGUCGGCAAGCUCAGGAGUGCUCUCCUGGGGGACACCGGUUUCUUCAGAGUCCUUACAGAAGUGUGCAUUUUGACUCAAUGCACCUCCAGCAUUCUCCCUCUCAAGACCUGAUAUGUGACCAUUCUCUCUCUCCCGGAUGGUAUCGGUUUCUCAUCUUUGACAGACCUGCUGAGAUGCCAACCAAAUGUGUUGAGGUAAAUCACUGUGGAACACAGGCCCCCAUCUGGCUAUCACUGAGAGAUUCAGAGACACUGCCUUCACCUGGAGAGAUCAAGCAACUGACAGCUUGUGCCACGUGGCAGUUUUCAUUUAGUGCUACAAAAGACUGCUGCCUUUUCCAAAUCCCAGUGUCUGUAAGAAACUGUGGAAACUUUUUUGUGUACUUACUACAGCCCACUCAGGGAUGUAUGGGAUAUUGUGCACAAGCUAUUUCUGAUGCAGAAUUAUACCCAUGUCAUCCUGAUGAAAUUGAAAUUGGAGGUCUCUGUGUUCGUCAGCUGUCUGCCUCAUUGCCACCACCACGCCCAGAAAGGCCCGAAGUUGUGUUGGAGCUGAUUGGAUCCAGGCUUUUCUGUAGGUGUGCUUUUGAGGUUUCCUCUACAAACACCUCAGUGGGAUUUCUCAUAACUUGGUCUAGGCUUUCUUCUCAAGAAGUGAAAGAAGAGCUGAAGCAAGAGACCACAGUUCAGGCAUCCUCUCUUUUAGAACUGGAUGGCAUAAAUCUCAGGCUCGGAGAUAGGAUAUUCUGUAGUGCCUCCGUCUUUUUAUUGGAGAAACCACAUGUACAAAGUUUAGCCAUCGAAAGCCAAGAGUUUUUUGCAGGCAUUAAGUUACACCCAGAGUUAAGCACUAUAUCAGAAGAUGGGAAAGAAUAUCAGUUGAAGAUAGAGAGCACAGUUCCUGUCAUUUGUUCUGAACCCAGUAAGCUUGGCCAGCAGUGCAAAAUCUCAUUAAAACUGAAAACUGUUGAUCAAGGUAAUGAACAGCAAGGUUUAAAUUUGGCGCUGUCUUCCUGUCAUGUGGACCUUCACCAGACAUCGUCCUGUGCUAACGGAUCAUGUAGCCAUGCUUUGGUGUACUACACUGCUGUGACAGAUUUUUCUCGAGAUGGAGACAGAGUGACAAACAUUGUUGUGGAACCUAUAGUGCAUGAGGAUUUCCUAUGGAAUAGCUACGUUCCAGACAGUAUCCAGAUCAAAGUAAAGGAUGUCCCAACUGCUUACUGCUAUUCAUUUACUGACCCACAUAUAAUUACAUUUGAUGGCAGGGUAUAUGAUAAUUUCAAAACUGGAACAUUUGUGCUUUAUAAGAGUGUGUCACGUGACUUUGAAGUCCAUGUACGCCAGUGGGACUGUGGAAGCCUUCACUAUCCUGUGUCGUGUAACUGUGGGUUUGUUGCCAAAGAAGAAGGUGAUGUUGUUACUUUUGAUAUGUGCAGUGGUCAGCUACAUGAAUCACAGCCAUAUUUAUCUGUAAAGAGCCAAGAUGUAACCAGCAAUAUCAAGAUAAGUGAAUCCUACUUAGGAAGAAAAGUCACAGUCUGGUUUUCUUCUGGAGCAUUUAUCCGUGCUGAUCUUAGUGAAUGGGGCAUGAGUUUAACCAUCAGAGCCCCUAGCCUAGACUAUAGAAACACUUUGGGACUUUGUGGCACCUUUGAUGAAAACCCAGAAAAUGAUUUCCAUAAUAAAAAUGGGAUAAAAAUUGAUCUAACUUUUGAUAAUUGUGUUGCUUUUAUUAAUGAAUGGAGGAUUUUGCCAGGGAAAAGCAUGUUUGACACAAUGCCAGUUUCUCCACCUUCACCUGGAAAACUGUCUUAUUGUAGCUGCUCAUCGGACACUAAUUCUUUAUAUCCUUCCAAUCGUCUGGACAGUGCUUCUCAACAAGAGAUUGUUUCAGGUUGCAGAGAUCUCAAACAUGUCAGAUUCUCUUUCUUGAUACCAGAACUAGAUGUCACCUCUGAGUAUAUUAAUUCAGAAGCUCUUAUCAGAGGGAUAAAUGAGUAUACAUCUGGAGAAGAAAAUAAUUUGAACUUCCUUCGUCAAGAAGAAAAGCAUGUGAACCUAACCAAACUGGAAUUACAUUUACAAAAACAUCCUGGAAAUGAAAAACAAGAGGCACCAAAAACUCUGGACAAUGGGAAACAUACACGGGGCGAGGGUAGCCACAGCCAGGAGAUGAGGCGGGUUUCACAAAACAGAUGGAAACGGCAAAACUUUUACGAGGUUCUUCCCAUGUUUGCUUUCCAAAGUCUUAGCCAAAGCGACCUAGAAGAAUUUGCUUAUUUCUUCCCUGAGGACCAUAUUGAGGAUGUCCACCAGGAGUUUGUCCCUACGUGGCCCACACCCUCUGGUCUCACUGAACACGGCACUUUGGUGCUCUGCCAGCAGACUCUUGCCAACUCUAGCAUAGGAAGACACUGUCUCGCCUUUCUGGGCAAGAGCCUAGACACUGCUAUAGAUAUGUGUGUUAAAGAUGUUCUCCUAAAAGACGAUCUUAGCUGGGCAGAAGCAGGCGUGGCUCUUUUAGAAAAUGAAUGUGAAAAGAGAAUUUUGGAAGAGGGGAAAUACAGCACAGAAUACAGCCAGUCAGUUGAAGACAUUCUCGAGGUCCUCAGAUGCCCCAGUUUAUGCAGUGGCAAUGGGCAGUGUGUGGAAUGGGGAUGCGCAUGCUCCCCAGGCUUUAGUUCUUAUGACUGCAGUGAUUCACAUGACAGGGCUCCUGAAAUUAUAGAACUUGAGAAUGCUGGAUUCUGUAAUAUUCGAAAAUAUAAUUGUAUGACAGUGAGAGUGUUUGGUCAAGGCUUCAAAGAAUCACCUUCAAUUAAAUGUGAAGUUACUAAACUGCAGUAUAAUAACAGUAAAUGGGUCCUUGGAAAAGCUGUCUACACGAAUACUGUUUUUCAAAAUAGCAGAACCAUUGAUUGUCAGCUGCCCCCUGAUGUUCAACAGUCUGAUACCAUAAAUCUGAUGGGGGAGAAACCAAUUGCAAAGUGGCAAUUAAAGGUAUCUAAUGAUGGUUAUAAAUUCAGUAAUCCCAGAAUAAUGAUCAUAUAUGAUGGGGCUUGUCAAGUUUGUGGUCUCUAUGGGAAGGACUCAUGUACUAUAAAGGAAAAUGUUUGCAUUAUUGAUGGGAUCUGCUACAUUGAAGGAGAUAAAAAUCCUACCAGCCCUUGUUUGAUUUGUAGACCAAAAAUUUCAAAAUUUACUUGGUCAUUUUUAGAAAACAACCAACCCCCAGUGAUUCAAAUACCACAAGACAAAUUGCAGACAUUUUUGGGGGAGAACUUUAUGUACCAGUUCAUGGCCUUGGAUCCUGAAGGUUCUGACAUCCAUUUUACCUUGGACUCAGGUCCUGAGGGAGCAAAUGUUUCCUCUACAGGACUUCUCACAUGGAAAGCAGAGUCCCAGACUCCACAGCAAUUCACUUUACUCUUUAACGACGACUGCAAUGCUGAAACGAGAGUCACGAUUAUGGUGACUGUGAAGUCUUGUGAUUGCUUGAAUGGUGGAUCAUGUGUGUCAGACAGGAAAUUUCCUCCAGGAAGUGGAACGUACCUGUGCAUCUGCUUGCCUGGCUUUGAGGGGGUUCUCUGUGAAGUGAACGUCACUGAGUGUCAGUCGAACCCCUGUGGCCUUGGCAGGUGUAUUAGUGGAUUUCCCAGUUAUUCUUGUGUAUGUCCGCCUGAACUCAAAGGCAAAAAUUGCCAGGAAGAUGUUGAUGAGUGUGAAUCCAGGCCUUGCUUUCCAGGAGCAGAGUGUCUCAAUACCUUUGGCUCCUAUCACUGUGGUGCAUGUCCUAAAGGAUUUUAUGGUGAUGGGAAAAUAUGUCAUGAUAUAAAAUUUCAGUCACUGUCAACAGAUCAUUCAUCAUCCGGUGCAAGCUUUACCCACAGGCCUGCCACUAUCAAAAAGUUCUUGAACACAACCAGUGACAUCUCGCACUUCUCAUUAAAAUCAGUUACAACUCAAAUGAAUAAUUCAAAAAACAUUAUUUCCCAUCAGAUACCAGGGGUUGAACAGGCGGAUCAUACUAUCAGUACAAAUUUCAGUCUGGAGGAAUUGGGAGUGUUGACGAAAAACCAUAGUUCUUUAAGCAUCAACCCAAAUGGUUCCCCUGGUGAAGUAAAGGAUGUUAAACAGAGCACUAUCCAGACAGAGGCUGGAGGGAAUAAUUCUCAAAUUAACAGGCCUGCCAAAGGUUACACACAGUAUAAGGAUGGGUUUGCCUCAUCGGUUACUAGAGCCAUCACUAUUUUGCCAGAAAAGCCUGGAUGGACCAGAAUAUCAACUUGUGCUGAAUCACCUUGUUUUCUUGGUGUUUCUUGUGUGCCAACCACAGAUGGUCACUUCCAGUGUGGACGCUGCCCCCUUGGAUAUUAUGGAGAUGGUAUCAAUUGCAGAGCCAUUUGUAGACACCCAUGUGGAAAAAGCAGGGAGUGUGUUGCCCCAAACAUAUGCAGGUGUAAACCUGGCUACACCGGUUCUAACUGCCAAACUGCUAUAUGUCAUCCUGAUUGCAGAAACCAUGGAAAAUGUAUUAAGCCUAACGUUUGUGAAUGUCCCCCAGGGCAUGGCGGAGCAACGUGUGAUGAAGAACACUGUAGUCCACCUUGUCAACAUGGCGGCACCUGCUUGGCUGGAAAUCUCUGCACUUGUCCUUAUGGUUUUAUAGGACCAAGGUGUGAAACAAUGGUUUGUAACAGGCACUGUGAAAAUGGAGGUGAAUGUCUUACACCAGAUACCUGCCAGUGCAAGCCUGGCUGGUAUGGACCUACUUGUGGUACAGCUUUGUGUGACCCUGUUUGCCUCAAUGGUGGUUCCUGUAAUAAGCCAAACACUUGCCUUUGUCCAAAUGGAUUCUUUGGUGCACAGUGUCAGAAUGCUCUCUGUCACCCUCCCUGUAAGAAUGGCGGACGCUGCAUGAGAAAUAACGUGUGCGCCUGUCGUGAGGGAUACACUGGUAUCUGUGAUCCAAUGUGCAUGAAUGGAGGAAAAUGCAUGGGACCAAAUGUUUGCUCUUGUCCUUCUGGUUGGAGAGGGAAACAAUGCAACAUAGCUGUCUGCUUUCAGAAAUGUAAAAAUGGUGGUGAGUGUAUUGCUCCCAGUAUAUGCCAUUGUCCUACCACAUGGGAAGGAGUGCAGUGUCAAAUACCAAUUUGCAAUCAAAAGUGUCUUCAUGGAGGCAGAUGUGUAUUUCCCAAUGUGUGCUCUUGUCGUGAUGGAUAUUCUGGAGUCAAAUGUGAAAAGAAAGUACAGACAAAACGCCAUUAAUAUCAAGUAUGUGAAUCACAAGCCUGUCAUAAGAAUGAAAUUUUUAUUCAGAAAAAGCUGAAGAUAAUUAUUUGAAGUUUAUUUGAGCAUAACUUUAAAAAUUAUUUUAAAGACUGAACAAACUAAUAACAUAUAGAAUGAUCUUGCCUAUCAUUGUUAGAGAAAAGCAAAGAAGAAAUCCAGGUAAUCUGAAUGGAUUUUGAAAUGUGAUUUGAUAUUUACUUAUAAAAAUGAUGUAUCUGAUAUUCAAGACAUUCACAUUAUCUAAUAAACUAUU